ACCGUCAAGUCGAGACUUGUUCCUCGUGUUUUGUAAACAAAGAGUGGAAGAAUCUAACCAAAUUCAGUCUCGCGUGGGAAUCGGAUCUUCAAUCGGUUUAUUAUUUUGUUCUGUCUUCAUAUCUCAUCAUGGGAAAACGCAAAGUUCCUCAGAGACGAACAACAGCCAAAAGGAGAAAGAAGGUGAUUGCAGUGCCUGAGCCGAUACCUGACUUGAUAAACAAUUUGAAUGAUGAUUGUUUAGGAAGAAUUUUCAAAUACCUGUCGAUUGCAGAGCGUCUAAUGAUGGACAGAGUUUGCAAACGAUGGAGAGACGUUUCCCACCUCUCCUGGGAGGACACAAAGUUCCUGAACUUCACGACAUCCGUCCAAAAAAGUACAGACUUGUACAGGCUUCCCAGCGAGCUGAGAACGAAUCGAGUGAUAGGGAGAAUCCUGAAGAAAUGCGGCCACUACCUCAGGAGAUUGAGGCUGGGGUACCCUUGUCAAUUCGACAUUCUCCAAAUUGUGGAGAAACACUGCGAUAACUUGAUAAGACUCGAGGUGAAUUUCUACGAUCGUAAGGAUUGCGUGAAAUACUUCCCUCGAAUAGAGAAACUCAAGUAUUACCAGAUGGGAGCCCUGAGGUUCUUCCCCAGGGAAGCUCUCCAGGUCUUGCCUUCAGAGAGCCUGACUGAGAUUCACCUCUGGACAUACACCACAGACACUCUGGGUUAUGCCCUUGGAUCUUUGCCUCGUAUCGCUUCAACCACGUUCGAGAAUUUGAGAAACCUUUCGGCAAUCAGUCUUCACGGUUUCGAUCUAAAACCAGAUGUAAUGGACGUCAUCUGUCAGAAAACUAAUCUCCAGUAUCUCUCACUGAAGUGCUCUCGCCUGAGGGCAGGACUCUCCUGUCUGACUCAACUGAAACCCCUGAGGUCUCUUGAUUUAACAGCAGUAGAGGGGAUCAACGAUCUCUUCCUCGGGGAGCUCGCGGACAAUUGCAAAAACCUAGGACACCUGAAUCUCACUCUCUGCUGUGGUGUCACAGACAGAGGUAUAACGAGCCUCAGGAAUCUUCCCCUUCUUCAACAACUCGUGUUGAAUCACGUGGACUCUGUGACAGAUGCUCCUCUCAGUGCGCUGCACACGUUGAAAAAACUCGAGUGCCUUCUGUGCAAAAGGGUGAAGGAUGAGGGGAUCGUUACGCUCAUGAAAAAUGCUAUCAGCUUGGAGUACUUGAAUGUCGUUUUCUCGGGGGUCACUCGGAGGGUGCUUGAUGAGGCUCAUAAAAUCUCUCACAAGACGGAUAACUUCGGGCUGGUUCUCAUCAUCAAUGAUCAUUCGCAGGCGCCCGAGGGUCAUUAUGAGUAUCCCUGUCUUGCUGUCAACUUUACUGAGAGAACCCACGUCUACCUGGAAUUCUCUAUUUCUCGUUGAUUUUUUCGAGGAAACUUCAUUCUAAAUUUCUCACUAUAUCAUCCCUCAUUCAACUUUACUUUUACUUUUUUCAUAUAAGUACAUAUUUUUUUAUAUUGAAGAUCUACUAUUAUCUAGCUAAAAUGUCUAUUUUUAUGAACACGAGGAUGGAAGAAUAAAAUGUACUAUAAUGCGCUCAUAAUUUUGUGGGUCAUUUCUCGGGUUAAGAUUACUUUUACAGGCAAGGGGAAGAGGGUAAAUGAUUCCAAAGCUUCUAACUAAAUAUAGCCGCUAUUUUGGGUCAAUUCGUCUAAUUAAAUUUUGUGGUGAAUUGUUGGGUAAUUUUUUUGGGUCAUUUCUAUUCUUGAAAUUACUUUCACAGGCAAAUCGGAAAAGGGGAAGAAGGGGUAAACGGUUG